AUGAAAUGGGCAUAUAUUGUCGUCGCCCAUGUUCGUCGGUCCUUCCAUCAGUCGACAAUUGCUGGUCAAGAUAUAUUGAGUAUUAAACCGGAAGUAUUUAUAGAAGGUGAACCUGGUGAUGUUACCUGUACCUAUAACAAUCAGUUUACAACAUUUGAAAUUUACGGAAGUAUCAGUGAUACACAGACUAUUACAACAUGUCGUGUACAGUUAUCAAGUUGUAUUAUUUCAUCAACUGGUAUUGAUUAUACUCAAUAUUACAAUAUAUCUAAAACUAAUAACAGUGUUACAAUUCAUAUUAAUACUGUCAAUAGAACAAGAGAUAGUGGUGUAUGGAGAUGUAAGGUGUUUGUAUCAACAGAUAAUCAAUCUGAAGAAAAUAUAACAAUUGAUGUAAAAGCUAAUAUUCAGACAAUACAACUUAUAUAA